AUGUGGCGGGACAAUGGCAAGGUGGACGUUCAUUUCGCCAUCGCAAAAGAAUAAGUUAGGCGCAACGUCCUGGAACACCCACGCACCUGCCCAACCACAGGUAUGACAGCGGUCACGUGAUGUUUGUAAUACCAUACAGAGAAACAAUAGACAGGUGAGGAGCCCUCCACGAGGAAUGGCGCAGCGCGCGGUGUCAGCAUGUAUGAGGAGCAGGCACGUGAGGGUUCGUCCAUGCAAUUUGUGGGGAGGAUGGUAGGACGGGGAGGCUUGGCGAUGCGCUAUGCACGUGCAGCUCGCAGGCUUUUCAACAGCAGCAGCAGCAACCACCACCAGACCACGCAGUGAGAGUAUCUGGCCUUUUACCGACCCUCGUCCUACGACUGUAGUGCGCCAUUUACCCGCAGUGUUCUCUGGCGCGCGGACACUGUCUCCUCCUCAUCCAGCGGUUCUGCCUCCCAUCGCAUGGCAACAAGCACUUACUCCUGUUAACUUACAUAGUAGGGAAGGGUGGUUAUAGUACAAGCAUCUCCACUUCCUAUCUACUGUGGCUUUAUUUUGGACGCCCCACGCAGACAAGGACUGUCUUUUUGCGUGCAGGGCUAAUGGACUGUGAUUACAACUAACUUCAGGAUGAAGUUUGACAAACUAGUUUGUCGCCCCAACUUGACCUGACGGCAAACAUCGCAGGAAGGAAAGUCGAAACAGAAAAACAAUUGUCAAGAGGAUAUAUUUUUCUUUUCCCAAAAGGGCUCUGAUGUAACAUUUGUUCUGACAAACUAUGUUGUGCGCAGAGAAAGCAAACGAAAAACAAUGAAAGAUGAUGAAAUAAAAUUCCUCUCAGGCUGUUUUCUUUGGGGAGUCUAGCUUGCAUCCGAGUGAGACAUCUUGUAAGACAAAGGACUCCUUACUACUUAAAUCGACUCCAAGAAGAGAGCCUUAAUUCUGUCUGCGUUCUUUUCUCGAAGUUGUGGUUCGCACCCUUGUACCUCCCACCGUCUUCCUAUCCCUCUCCCUUCCACCAACCCGUCAUACGAGAGAAGACAGGAAAAGAAAAGACCUGACGGACAGCGCUUUUGGACAGCAAGCAGUGGUGGGGUUACUGUGGUGCAGCCGUCAACCGGAGAGUGGCAAGCAAGGGGAGUAUGAACAGCUGGCGGUUGGAAAGUCAGUCAAAACAUAAUUACAACAGCAUCCUGUAACGUAGAAGGGGAGAGAGACGUGGACGUUAACGGCACCUUGGUGUAAGCAACAAACAAGUUCUUCAGUAAAGGCAACUGCUCCACACCAACAAGAACAGUGGCUCACUAGUGUACUGAGGGUUUUAGGGAUGAACCUGUGCUGACAGGGUCAGCUAGUCCUGCCCACCAUCUGCAGAACAUCUACAAAGCUUUGAACCAACUUGCUAGGUAUCUCAGUAUAACCACCUUCGUACCAGAGAACUUCAUCUAUAAAUGUGUAGAUGUGAGAACUGAUUUAUUUGGAAAUGAAAUCGCCGUAUAUGUGCUCGGACUCUCGGUUGUGUCUUCAUAAAGGUAUAAAAAGUCAUUUAUAAAAGUGAGAAAAUUUAAAAUAGACAUUGUUUCUGUGGCAGAAGAUUUGUCUUGAGCUUGUCUCUUUAACAUUUUGUAAAGAUCACUGACAAUGGCUUUUAGAUAUUUGUAACGGUUCCACUAAAAGCCUGUUUUAAAAGUGUACCGAACUUCACGAACCGCCAGAGAAGAACAAAGAAGACAUAAAGCUAGGGGGCGUCUUCAUUUUUUCUGAGUCCAGCAGGACCAACACAACCUCCGUCGUCCUCUGUCCCAGCUCCAAACAAACCCCACCAUGGCUGCCACUCUCCCCAUGGAUGUUGAACUUGCACUCACCAACAUGUCAACAACAACAACAACAACACAAUCCGACGUGGACAACGUCACCAGCAACAGCACCGAGUGCUGGAAUGAGUAUUGCUACAGCGUCGAUGAGUACGAGAAUGCUGUCUGGGAGCACAUCUACCCUGAGGAUUACGAGUGGUUCUUCAUUGUCCUCUACACCAUCACCUUCAUCGUCGGCCUCGUUGGCAACUCGCUGGUGUGCUUCGCCGUGUGGCGCAACCACAACAUGCGCACCGUCACCAACGUCUUCAUCGUCAACCUCGCCGUUGGCGACUUCAUGGUCAUCCUCCUGUGCCUGCCGCCCACGCUGGUGCAGGACGUGUCCAACACCUGGUUCAUGGGCGCUGUCAUGUGUAAAGCUCUGCUUUUUCUUCAGAACGCCUCCGUGUCCGUGUCAGUGCUCACCCUCAGCGCCAUCGCGGUGGAGCGGUGGUACGCCAUCUGCUAUCCCUUGAGGUUCAAAUCCACGCUGAGCCGCGCACGCAACAUCAUCAUCAUCAUCUGGAUCACCGCAAUGCUCGUGGCGCUGCCAGAGUUGAUUGUGGCAGAUGCAGAGCGGUACAAAUUCCCAGGGACCUUCGAAUCGAUUGUGCUGACGGGUUGCAAGCCGGUGUGGGAUGCCUGGAAGCAGAGCAUCUACCAGGUGUUCCUGGCCGUUGCCAUGUACAUCGCUCCCAUUGUGCUCAUGUCACUCACCUACGCUCACAUCGCAUUCGUUCUCUGGAAAGUUGCAAUACCUGGAAACUCUUGCCAGUCUGUCAUGGCCGGCGGGAAACGCCCGAUGCUUGACGGCAAACGCAGCAAACUUCCUGAGGACCAGCUCGCCUCCAGGCGGAAAGCUGCCAAAAUGCUCAUCGCCAUUGUUAUCGUCUUCGGCAUCUGUUAUCUACCGGUUCACCUUAUGAAUGUUCUAAGGUACUUCCAGCUGCUGAAAACUGAAAGUGCGGUCCAACCGCUGAUCUCGCACUGGCUGCCCUACUUCAACAGCGCCCUCAACCCAGUCAUCUACAACUUCAUGAGCGCCAAGUUCCGGAAGGAGUUCAAGGUAGCCUGCUUCUGUUGUUUUUAUUACGGGUUCCGGAAGCGCCCUUUUCGCAGGCGCGACCACACCUUCACCAUGACCUUCUCCCACAGCAACUACAGCAACUGCCACACAGAAGAAGUCACCCUGACAAGCCUCAAAGACUGAGCUCUCGUCUGCAACGUCCGAGAUCUCCCGAGAUGGAUGAACGGCUUCUCGGGAAGGACGAGGACCACAUGGCGAAGCAGGAGAAAAAGGAGAGAGAGAAAACAGAGGGAGAGGCGGAAAACGAAGAGCUGAUUAGAAUGGUGGAAGUGGAGGUCACAGUUCAUAAUGUCAUGAACGAAGCCAAUGAAGAAGCCCUUGAAGUUCUGUGACCUAACCUCGUGAGUUCAUUCCGUUCAGGACGAAUACCAGGAGACAUAUUACGAUGUUAAUAGCGACUUUAAACUGUUGCAGGCGCAGAACAAUGAUUUGAAUCAAGUUUGAAUGUUUUAGAAACUUGACACGAAACACACUGGGUACUUACUACCCUUGGAGAUUCCCAGUAAACAAUUAAAUAAUUAUUACAAAAGAAAAAACACAGUACUGUAAAACAAACAUACCAGUGUAAUCCGACAGAGUUCAUAUUGCUAACAGCGUCCAUAAUUUGUGACCUAACCGUUUGCUGGCGACACAACGACCCAAUCAAAGAUGGAUUGAGAAGAAACUUGAGCAUGCCCGGAUUUUGCUGUGAAAGUGCAAUAGUGUCUUGUCAGGAGAAAUAUUCAAAGAAGAUACAGGCAGCUGGAUGCCGAAAUUCCUGCUUGGGUUCAAUUUUCCUUUCCGGAGGCAUUCUUGGCUCCUGUUCUCCAUUUUUUAAUUUCUGUGAACGCAGAACAAAAGAAAGGAGACUAGUUGCAGCAAUCCGAACAUUGGCGCAGUGACAGUAUCGUACGAAGGUAAGAAAUGUGUGACUGCUUCACAAUCCCAGACUUCAUUAGCCCUUAUCUCUUCCCCUCAAAAAAUAACCCAAAGCAAAAGAGGAAAAAACAACAAUUGAUGACCUCUGACCUUCUUUGUUACCUCAUUUAAGACAAAACUACAGCAUCUGAGCAAAGCUGCAUGGAUGUGUCAAGAGUGACACUUGGUGACACGACCUCAUGCAGGCUGCCCAACAUGUUUACAACAUCGAAUGGACGCGGAGUGAAAAGAUUAUGAAUGGGAUGUGAGAUGCUCUCCCACGGAAGCUGGGAGGUUAGGACAUCACGGAUAUGGAAAGAUUCGAGCAUGAAGCCAGCGCCAUCUACUCUUCUGGAGCUCGUGUAGGAAAUGUUGACAUCAGUGCGUUUAAUUCGAGAUUCAUCAGAUGGAACUUUUUUUGUCUUUUGACCGAAUUAUACGAGUGACUAUUCAAAAAUACUUUUCUCUUAAAAUAAAAACCGUUUUCACUUGCUGGUACAAUGGUAACGCACAAAGGAUGUCGUCAGUUGAUAUUGUGAAAAAAAAAAGCUAGUGCAGACAUUUUGUUGUAUACCUUUAAGGAAGGUGACAUGGAAGAAAAACCUUUCUCCUUGUCUGUUCAAUGAGGUGGAGCAUGUCUGAAUAGUCUAUAUUGUGCGCAGAACUCAGGACUUUCAAAGACUUCCAGCAGGGAUCGCCAUGGUGACCCUUGCUGGAUCUUAGGAAGUGACGUAGAGCCAGGCGGCAGUGCGCACGCGCACGUGGCUCGCGACUCUUCCCAUCAGCCCGCUAACAUCCAGCUACAUGUAUAGUAACAAACCGUGUUUGUUUACAUUGUCUGUGUGAAGACUUGUUUAUGUUGUUUACGCUGUUCUCGCUGUAACUCAGCGGUGGGAAGGCCGGGGGAGGCUGCGUGAGUGGGUGUAGCAUGUGAGGAUCGAUGGUGAUUAACUGGAUUUGUUUUAUCUCGGAAAUAACGGUAUUUAUCAGCUAAACGUUUUUGUUUGUAAUGUCUAUCUCCUACUUUCAAUCAAUGUUUCAGUUUGGGUUUUCCUCCUUUGCAAUCAUCAUCAUCAUCAUCAAUCAUCAUCAUCAUCAUCCCUCUCAUUCUCUUUUGUUCUCUUUACCUCUGUGUCUCUGCUUGACACCUCUGCUAUCAAGGUUUACAGAUGAUUUUUGCUUUGUCUGAGAGGCCCAGCGGCUAGAAUGUUCGACCUGAUGUAAAUAUCAAUAAUGUUUGUACAGCUUAUUUGACACAUUCGGCAUGCAUUAUUCAUGUCGACUCACCAUCGCCAUAGUAUUCCUGUUGAUGCCGGAGAAGCUAGUCAAAGACAAACAGCUCACUCAUGAUUUGUACAGAACACAAGGUCUAUUUUCUAGCCUGCUUCUCGACCUGUCCUUGUGCAAUACAGUGGCCCCUGUCUAGGGGCUAAAGUGUACAAGUGUACAAGUGUACAUGUGCUGUGUAUAGCUCCUCUCACCAACUGUCCACACACACCCUUCUGUACUCACCAUAAACACAAAUCUAGUAUUUUAAAC